AUGUCUGCAGUGGGGCCCACUGUCACAGACUUUGACAUUCUCUCUUGUUUCUCCUGUUUUCCACCAGGGAAGGGAAACUACUGGACCUUAGAUCCCAACUGUGAGAAGAUGUUUGACAAUGGGAACUUCCGUCGCAAACGCAAGCGGCGCUCUGAGCCCAACGCCCCCGCGGCCGCGUCUGCGGCCUCCUCUCUGGGAGGCCUAAAGGCUGAAGAAGAGCGACCCAUCCCAGCGGCGGGCAAACCGUGUGGCAGCAGCCCACCCCCCGAGCUGGACCCCUCGCCUUCUGCCAGGGACCAUCCAAAAAGCUCCUCUCCCUCCGGUAUCAUUUCAUCCACCCCUAGCUGCCUCAGCACCUUCUUCAGCGGCAUGAGCUCCCUGAGCGGAGGGGGCAGCCGGCUGACAGGGGGCCUCGGCAGUGACCUGCAUCACAGGAACUUCUCUGCAGGACAGCUGAGCAGUGGCACUUUCACCCCUUCCAGCAGCUCUUCUCAGGAGGUGCCUUCACCAGACCAGCUGCAGCGGGUUGCGGGACCUUCCCCCGCCUACUACAGCUCCUUCCAUCCCAGCAGCAGCAGCCAGGGAGCCCAGUACAACCACUACUACAACUUCACCGUUAACAGCCUCAUCUACACCCGGGAUGGAACGGAGGUGUAG